GGCGGGCAGGAGUGCGCAUGCGCGGUCGGCUGCUGCUUCUCGCUGGGGCUCUGCUGAUUGUACUGGGCCGGAGGUGUCCCGGGGCCUCGGCCUCACACAAGGCGGCAGCUGGGGGCGGGGGGAGCGGGGAACGGGCCGACAACUUGUCUCCUUCACUGCUAGCAUGGAGCCCUGAUCUCCCCUCACGGGGCUCCCCGGUCACACUGAGGCCUAAAGCUGGAAUGAGCCAUUGAGGGGGGAGUCCGGGAGAUCUGGGGAGCAGCGCUGACAUCAUGGCUCAGGAGAAGAUGGAGCUGGACGUGGUGGAGAUCCCGGGGGAUGGCAGCCUCAGGAGGUCCAAUAGCGCCCCCCAUAUCAACGGGCUCAGUGAUCACUCCCAAGUGUUUCAACCCUAUGUAGCUCGGGCACGCAGAAACAGCACUACGGUAGUGAACCGUCAGACCAUGGUGCCGUCAUCCUCUCCUGUCCGCAUUCCUAGCAGCAGACUUCAUCAGUUAAAAAGGGAAGAAGGAGUUGACUUAAUGAAUCGAGAAACAGCCCGUGAGCGUGAAGUGCAGACAGCAAUGCAGAUGAGCUUGUCCUGGGAGGAAAGCUUUAACCUGAGUGACAAUGAUUAUGACAAGUUGGACAAGCCUUCAUCUCCAAAACGUCUUGACUUUGCCCCAGUAUCGCCAGCACCAUCUCCUACCAGAGGAAUCGGAAAGCAAUGUUUUUCUCCAUCUCUACAAAUGUGUCUGAGCAGCAGUGGUUUGCCCCCAAGCCGUAUCCCCAGUCCUACAAGGCGAUUUACUACCAGGAGGAGUCAAAGUCCCAUCAACUGUAUACGUCCAAGUGCACUAGGUCCUAUAAAGAGGAAAGUGGAGAUGGACAUGGAGACUCAACCAAAGAGACUGUUUCAAGGAACCACGAACAUGUUAUCUCCAGACAUGACACACCUGUCGGAUUACAGUUGCCUUUCAUCAGACCUUGACAGCAGCAGUAGUAUCGGUUCUUCGUUUGACUCUACAGCCAAGGAAAGCUGUGUGACUGACUCCCCUGCAGCCUGUUCCAACUCCUGCUCUUCAUUCAUAUCACUGGAUGAUCUGUCCCCCAAAUGAGUGACACAAGACCGGACCACGGUGUUGCCAACCCUUACUAUUUACAGACUGUGUGGAAAAUCGUCAAGAACCCUAAAGAGUCUUCUUCACUGUGUAUUACAAUUUUAUUAUGUAUAUAAUCACAUCCCCUCCUGCCUGCUGGACUGUUACAGGACUUGAAACGUGGAGCAGGAGAAUGUGUAUUUUUGUGUACAGAAUAGUAUGUACAGUAUCAGUGUACAUAUUGCCUGUGUGUCCCAGGUAUUUAUGUUUAAUUUUAAAGUGUAGUUGUUUUUGUUUUUCUUUUUAUUUAUUCUUUUAAAACUGUGUAUUGUCUGCAAUCAUGGAGUGAGAAUGUAGUAUCAUUGUCUUGGCUGGUCAACAAAAUUCUCUAUCUGCUAGGAAGGGGAAUAAUCAUGCAGCUUCAUUUCUGGUAAUGUGCAGGUGGGCCAAGACUGACAGGCCAGUUAAGUAACUUUUAAUGGUUACUAUUGGUCUCAUAAGUUGCCUUGGAAUUUAACCAAUGUUUAAAUGGGUUAUCCAGGAAAACACUUUUUCUUUAUAUAUAUAUAUAUAUAUAUAUAUAUAUAUAU